AAGAACGUAUGUGUCACUAUAUAGGCUAGCUGUGAUUACUCGAGUCACACAAUAGUCACAGACACCGAAGUAUCAACACAGACAUCAUGGCAGGAGCUGGAUCAGGUCUGCAAUUGACCAACUAUGACCUACAGGUCCAAUCUAAUAAAUCCAAACACAACUGUGAUUCUUACAUGGGCAAUGACCUGGUAGUACGCCGUGGACAGGAAUUUAACAUAACAAUGCAGUUCAAUGCACCUGUGAAAGCUGGAGACCGGCUACAGUUCACUGCAAGUCUUGUUCCCACAACAGGAGCUAACUCCGUCCUUGACAACACUUUCACGGAUUCAACAUCACCUUCACCAAACAGCUGGGGAGCUCAAAGAGGCUCGAGUGAAUCCACAUCUGUGAACAUCACCAUCUUCCCCCCUAAUAAUGCAGCAAUUGGACGAUAUGUUCUAUACUUGACGAGUGGAGUCGCCAGGCGCAUUGGGGAGUUCUUUCUGAUCUUUAACCCUUGGGCUUCAGGUGAUAUGGUUUACUUGGCAGAUCAAGCCCAAAGACAGGAGUAUGUGUUGUCAGAAUUUGGUCUUAUCUUUGGUGGUGAUGUCAGCUCUCCCGCUCAGUUUCCCUGGAACUAUGGGCAGUUUCAGGCACAGAUUCUCUACAUCGCUUUCGUACUGCUGGAUUCAACGCUGAGUUUUCGCAGAAAUGCUACUGAAGAUGUCAGAAAACGCAACGACCCUUUACACGUCUGCAGAAACCUGAGUGCUAUAAUAAACAGUAAAGAUGAUAAUGGAGUGGUGAUGGGUGACUGGAGCGGGGACUAUUCUGGUGGUACAAACCCCAGUGCCUGGAAUGGAAGCACAAGCAUUUUGAAGAGCUGGUAUGAACGCAGACAGUCGGUAAAAUAUGGACAGUGUUGGGUUUUUGCUGGCGUUCUGUGUACAGUCAGCAGAGCCCUGGGUUUACCCUGCCGGGUAAUUAGUAAUUACAAUUCUGCCCAUGACGCAAACGGCGACUUGUUAAUAGAUAAAUACUUUGAUGUAUCUGGAGAACCAGUAAUGUUAAGCGAUGACAGUGUUUGGAAUUUUCAUUGCUGGAAUGAAUUUUGGUGCAUUCGACCUGAUCUUGGUAGCUCUUAUAAUGGAUGGCAGAUUUAUGACUCAACUCCUCAAGAAACAAGCGAUGGCAUUUUCCAACUAGGUCCAACAUCUCAAGUUGCCAUAAAACAAGGAGAUGUGAAUAAGCAAUAUGACACUGUUUUUGCAUUUUCGGAGGUAAAUGCAGAUGUCAACUACUAUACUGUACAGACUAAUGGAUCAAAGUCAAAAUACAAGACAGAGACAGCAGAGGUUGGCGUAUUAAUCUGCACAAAAGCUCUGGGUUCAAAUGUUUAUGAGGAUAUCACUCAUAUGUACAAGUUCCAAGAAGGCACUUCCAAAGAGAGAGAAAUUUUCAGGAAAGCCCAACAAAUAGUUGGUGUAAGUUCUGGAUUCACGGCAUUUUCAGCUGAUGGAUCUGCAGAUUCCACCCCUGAUCGAGAACAAGAUGUUUCUGGAGCAAUAAUCUUUUCUGGAACACCCCAAGUUGGGGAAGAUAUCACCGCAAUACUGACGCUAACAAAUUUGAAACCUACAAGCAAAAAUGUCACUUGCAACAUAUCCGUGGCUGCGGUUGUGUACACCAAUGCAGUGAGACGCUCCAUUCUCAAGAAAACUGUCAAUGUGCAACUUAAUCCAAAUGAAGGUGGGGGGCAGGGAUUUCCUGCUUGCUUGUCCUGCAUUCCAACUAAAAAGAAAAAAAAGUUUGUGAAAGAGAUCCCAAUUCUUGUGAAAUACUCUGAAUAUGAAAAAGCCUUGACAACAGAUUCCAUGAUCCAGGUGACGGCAGUGUGUCAAGUGGAAGGCUGGGGUGAUCUAAUGGUGGAAGGUAUUAUUACAUUGAAGAAACCAAAUCUCAUAGUUCAGACUCCUGGAACAGUCGAGGUGGGCAAAUCAACGACUAUUGAAGUUAAAUUUACAAAUCCUCUGCAGUUCCCAGUAAAUAAUUGUGUGCUAACAGCAGAGGGUAGUGGUUUAAUAGAACAUGAAGUAAAGAAGAGUGUUGGUACCUUGGAACCCGGAAAAACGAUGACUGUGACUAUGGACAUCAAGCCUUUUGCAUCCGGACACAAACAUUUGUUAUUGAAUUUAUCAAGUGACAGAUUUAAGGAUAUUAAGGAAUUUGUAGCUCUGUCAGUGUCAGAACUUGCGUCAUAACUUUGGCUGCAAUAACAGUUUUUUUGUUUUAUUUAAUUUUUUCAGAACCCACUGUUAGCUAUUUACUGAAAAUAAAGAGAUCAUUUACUUUA